AUGGUGGGCUCAGAAGGGGUUCCUUUCUUAGUUUAUGUCCCCUUCUCUACAAAUGAUAUUUAUAACUGGAAAGCUCAAAAUCCCCCCUUUUCUGAAAAACCACAAGCCUUGAUUAACCUUCUUGAAUCUGUUUUCCAUAUCCACUAGCCCACAUGGGAUGAUUGUCAGCAGCUCCUUACUACUCUCUUUACUACAGAGGAAAGAGAUAAGAUUAAAAGGGAAGCAAGGAAAGCUGUCCUGGGACCGGGUGGAGGGUCUGUAGAGGAGCAUCGCGCUCAGGUAGAAGCUAGCUUUCCCUCGGAACGGCCCUCCUGGGACCCUAAUUCCCAGCAAGGUCGUACUGCGCUUUCUGCUUAUCAUAGGUACCUUCUCCAAGGCCUUAAAUCAGCGGCAAGGAACCCUAUUAAUAUGACUAAGAUUUCUGAGGUUGUUCAGGGUGCAGAGGAAUCCCCUGGAGCAUUUCUGGAGCGCUUAUAUGAGGCUUACCGUACCUAUAGCACUAUUGACCCAGAAGCUCCCGAGAACUAUAGAUCUGUGAAUAUUGCAUUUGUUAGUCAGUCUGCCCCAGAUAUACGUAGAAAAUUACAGAAGCAAGAAGGGUUCGAGGGUAUGAAUAUAUCUCAACUAGUCGAGAUAGCUCUGAAGGUCUUUAAUACCCGAGACACACCAGCUACGGCAGCAGGUAAAGAAUGCGCCAAGACAGUAGUGGCGGCCAUGAGAGAAGCAAACAAUUUCCCUAGGAGUACUCCCCAGCGCCCUCACCUCGGAGAACCUAGGGUAUGCUUACGGAUUGGGGGUCAACCUGUUGAGUUCUUGGUAGAUACUGGAGCUACCUACUCUGCUUUAACAAAACCUUUGGGCCCAUUAUCUCCAAAAUCUACCUCUAUACAAGGUGCUACUGGUAAAAUUGUUUCUUAUCCCUGGACUACUGAACGCACAGUCCAUCUAGGGCACGGCACAGUCACCCAUUCGUUUCUGGUCAUGCCAGACUGUCCUUAUCCCCUUCUGGGUAGGGACUUGCUUCGAAAGCUUCAGGCGACUAUUUCCUUUUCUGAGGACCAGGCUUCUUUCUCUAACCUUAACCCACCUCUCCAAUUUGAACAUAUUUUAGUGGCUUCCCCUGCGUCGCCCUCUCCUGCUCCCUCCCUUCUCACUCAGCUGCAAACCGAUUUUCCUCAGGUGUGGGCAGAAAAAACUCCGGGUCUGGCUGCUCAUCAUGCACCGGUGGUUGUGCAGCUUCUAGCCACUGCCUCUCCUGUUUCUAUCAAGCAGGACCCUAUGUCAAGAGAAGCCCUUCUAGGUAUUUCUGUUCACAUUAAUUGAUUAAGAGAAGCUGGUAUUUUAAUAGUCUGUCAGUCUCCAUGGAACACGCCUUUAUUACCAGUCAGAAAACCUGGAUCUUCGGACUUUCGUCCUGUUCAGGAUCUUAGGGAAGUUAACAGAAAGGUUGAAACUAUUCACCCAACUGUUCCAAAUCCCUAUACCCUACUCGGCUUGUUACCUCCUACUCAUACUGUAUAUACUGUUUUAGAUCUAAAGGAUGCCUUCUUUUCUAUACUCCUUGCGCCAGUCAGUCAGCCUCUCUUUGCUUUUCAAUGGAUAGAUCCCCAAGGGGAAUUUUCAGGGCAGCUUACUUGGACUAGGCUGCCACAGGGUUUUAAGAACUCUCCUACUUUGUUUGGAGAAGCUCUCCAUCUGGACCUCCAACCGUUUCGUAAGGAGCAUUCUUAUUGCUCUCUGGUCCAGUAUGUAGAUGAUCUUCUCAUUGCAGCCCCUGAUGAAUCCCUCUGCUUGUGGGCAACUCGUGCCCUUUUGCAGCUCCUUCAAUCCCUAGGCUACAGAGUUUCGGCUAAAAAGGCUCAGCUUUGCCUCCCUGAAGUGUCUUAUCUGGGCUAUGUUCUCAAAUCUAGCCACCGUUCCCUGUCUUCUGAACGUAUCCAGGCUAUCUUAUCUAUUCCGGUCCCCACUACUAAAAAGCAGGUUAGGGAAUUCUUGGGAACAGCUGGAUACUGUAGAUUGUGGAUUCCCUCUUUUGCUGAGAUAGCAAAACCCCUUUAUACUGCUACAACCGGACAGGGUCCCCUUGUGUGGGGCUCUGCUGAACAAUCUGCCUUUGAUCAUCUCAGGACCGCCCUUACUAAGGCUCCCGCCCUAGCUCUUCCCGAUGUCACAAAGCCCUUUCAUCUUUUUGUGGCGGAAGCUAGAGGUGUUGCGAAAGGUGUUCUAACUCAAACACUUGGCCCCUGGCGUCGCCCUGUUGCUUAUCUCUCUAAGCGCUUGGAUUCGGUAGCUGCUGGGUGGCCCUCCUGCCUUAGGGCCAUAGCUGCAACUGCUCUCCUGGUAAAGGAAGCCGACAAGCUUUCCUUGGGCCAGUCUCUCUCUAUCUCUGCCCCUCACUUUGUUGAGGCUCUGCUCAGGUCUGCCCCUGACAAGUGGCUCUCUAACGCUCAUUCCCACUAUCAGGCCCUGCUUCUCAAUCAUCCUCGCCUCACUUUUCCCAAAUCGUCUGCCCUGAACCCUGCCACCUUGCUCCCAGAUCCUGGUUCUGACCCGGCCCCUCUGCAUGACUGCUUCCAGCUCCUUGAGGAGUCCAAGUCAGCAAGGCCUGACCAUUCUGACACCCCGCUGAAAAACCCUGACCUGAUUCUUUUUACAGACGGGAGCAGUUUUAUUGUGGGGAACACCCGUGUUUCUGGGGCAGCAGUGGUGGACUAUCCCUCUCUCUCUACCCUGUGGUCUUCUUCCCUUCCCCCCGGAUCUUCUGCCCAGAAAGCAGAGAUUAUAGGGUUGAUUCAAGCUCUGUGCAUUGCAAAGGGCAAAUCAGCAAAUAUUUACACUGACAGCCGUUAUGCCUUUGCAACAGCUCACGUCCAUGCCUCUCUCUACAAAGAAAGGGGCCUGCUGACAUCCGCUGGGAGGGAAAUUAGGAAUAAGGCAGAGAUACUUUCCUUACUGGACUCUAUCUGGUUACCCCUCUCUGUUGCUAUUAUUCACUGUUCGGCUCACCAAUCUGGCGAGACCAUGGAAGCGGUGGGAAAUCGGGCUGCAGAUGCAGCGGCUCGGCGAGCCGCCACCUCCUCCCCCACUUCCUCCCUGCCUUUGGCAAUUGCUCCCCUUCCUCCUGUACCUGUCUACACCCCUGCAGAAGAUUCUUUCGCGUCUCGGAGGGGAGGAAAAAGGGAGGGACCUUGGUGGUAUAUAGAGGACAAAAUUUUUAUUACAAAAGCAUUAAGUAGAAUGAGAGUGAAGGACUUGCAUGAUUUCACUCACUUGGGUGAAAAGAAAAUGCAUCAGUUUUUGAGCAGAUAUUAUAUAAAGGAUGUUAGCCAAUUGAUCAGAAGUUAUAUUCAUAGAUGCAACACUUGCGCUAGAGUAGAUAUGAAAAGAAUUAAAAAGGCUCGUGUGGGAAUCAGGCUUAAGGGACAUAUCCCCGGGGAGAGAUGGGAGGUAGAUUAUACUGAGGUACAGCCGUCAACAGCUGGGUACAAAUACCUGUUAGUAUUUGUAGAUACUUUCUCAGGAUGGACAGAAGCCUUCCCCACCAGAAAUGAAACAGCUCUCACAGUGGUUAAGAAGAUACUAAAUGAGUUAAUGCCCCGCUUUGGUCUUCCAGUGGUCAUAGGGUCUGAUAACGGGCCUGCUUUUGUUGCCAAAAUAUCAGAAGGCAUCAGCUAG